AGCAUUCGAGUAGCGAUCAGGGUGAGGCCAUUCAAUGCUCGAGAGGCUGCUAGAGGCUGCAGAUGCUGCGUGGAGAUGGAGGGGAACAGAGUGGUUCUAAACAACGAAAGGGAUAGAGGAGCCAACGAAGAUGGGAAGCGAUUCUUUAGCUUUGAUCAUUGCUACUGGUCUCAUGAUCGCUCUUGCGACAACUAUGCAUCUCAAGCGACAGUCUACAACGAGCUCGGAAAAUUUGCCUUGGACAAUGCCGUGUCUGGUUACAAUGUUUGUCUCUUUGCUUAUGGGCAAACAGGUUCAGGGAAGUCGUACAGCAUGAUAGGUGAAGAGGAUGAAAAGGGAAUAGUUCCGCGGGUAGUGCAAGAUCUGUUCAAGUACAUGGAAUCGCAGAAAGACGAGAACGUCGCUUUCGAGGUUGUGACGUCGAUGACUGAGAUUUACAAGGAGAAGAUCUUCGACUUGUUGAACCCCUCGCUCAGCGGGCGAUCAAACUCUGACCUUCGUGUCCGCGAACACCCGAAGCAUGGCCCUUACAUUGAGGGCUUGACGGCCAUGACAGCAAACAGCUAUGCUGAGAUUGAACGACAACUGGCCUUCGGAUAUCGGGCGCGAAGUGUGGCAUCGACGAACAUGAACGAUGCUUCUUCGAGGGCUCACACCAUCUUCUCCAUCAAGUUCUGUCAGACUUCGCUGGAGCAGCUGCAAACAGGCUUCGCAAGGGAGACCAAGAAAGUGAGCCAUAUCAACCUGGUGGACUUGGCAGGCAGCGAGAGGCAGUCGAGCCGGCAGCUGUCAGGCGUCGAGCAAGCGAGGUUCAAGGAGGGGAUCGCGAUCAACAAGUCACUGUCAGCUCUUGCCAACUGCAUCUUCGCCCUCUACAAGCAGUCUCAAUCCAAUCUGAAGGAGAAGAUACACAUCCCCUACCGAGACUCGCAGCUCACGUGGCUGCUCAAGGAGUCCCUGGGAGGAAACGCCAAGACCAUCAUGCUCGCGGCGAUCAGCCCAGCAGACAUCAACUACGAAGAGACCUUGUCGACGCUGCAGUAUGCCAGCAGGGCGAAGAGGAUCAAGACAAACGCGAUCGUCAACGAGGACACCAACGACAGAAUCAUCCGAGAGCUGCGAGCUGAGAUCGAGCGCCUGCGGCGGCAGGUGGCCGGGCAGCAGGUGCCGAGCCCCGUGUCGGAGGCAGACCUGGAGGUGCAGAGACUUCGCCAGCAGCUGCAGGAGAGUCAGAAGAUGAUAGAGCAGAUGAACCAGCACUGGAAUGAGGAGAGGAGGUCGAAGCAGCUGUCUCGCAGCUCCAUGGGAGGCCUGUCCUUCUCUGGCAACGGCCUGUACAUCGAUGAUCAGAUGUGCCCACAGCUGGUGAAUCUCAACGAAGACCCUCUCAUGACAGAGUGCCUCGUCUACUUCCUCAGCCCGGGCCUGACCAUCGUUGGGUCCGAGGUGGAGGAUGUGGAGGGCGACAACAAUAGCAUCCCCCUGGUCAGCCAGACCAUCGCCCCCCAUCACUGCAGGAUCCAGAGCGAGGGCGGGCAGGUGACCAUCGAGCCGAUCGAGGGAGCUCUCACGUUCGUGAACGGGCGGAGGAUAGACGAGGCGACCCUGCUGCGGCAGGGCAACAGGGUGAUGGUGGGGACGAGCCACAUCUUUCGCUUCAACGACCCG